CCUGACCACGGCAGUCACUUUGUGCUGGAGUGCUCACAGAGACACACACACAUCACACUCAAUCUGUAGUGGAAAGGACAUUACAGCUGGACUUUUAUGAAUACCGGUAAGCAACAGAAGCCAGUGCUUACAGGCCAGCGGUUUAAGACCAGGAAAAGGGACUUAUCUUCAAACAAAUUGACUUUUAUCCAAGCCUGUCUGGGCGCUUAUCCACAUAAGUGUGCGUACACACUCCCCUAAGAUGAAAAGGAGAAGUUUGAGCCCACGGUUUUCAGAGACACAAUCAUUCAGGGCCUUAACGAAGCUGGGGGUGAUCUUGAUGCUGUAGCCAAGUUUCUGGAUGUCAAUGGUUCAAGAUUGGAUUACAGGCGCUAUGCUGACACUCUGUUUGACACGCUCAUCACCGGGAGCAUGCUUGCUCCCGGGGGAACACGCAUUGAUGAUGGAGACAAGACCAAAGUGACUGUCCACUGUGUGUUUACCACAGAGGAAAAUCACACUGCUGCACGCAGCUAUGCUCAGGUAUUCAAUAAACUUAUCAGGAGAUACAAAUAUCUGGAGAAGGCUUUUGAGGAGGAAAUCAAAAAGCUGCUUCUCUUUCUGAAAGCCUUCAGUGAGUCUGAGCAGGCAAAACUGGCCAUGCUGACGGGCAUCCUGCUAGCCAAUGGCACUCUGCCACCUGCUAUCCUUACCAGUCUCUUCAGUGAUAACAUAGUGAAAGAAGGAAUCGCUGCUUCCUUUGCAGUAAAGCUGUUCAAGGCAUGGAUAGCUGAGAAAGAUGCCAAUGCUGUGACUUCAGCCCUGAGGAAGGCCAGUCUGGAUAAGAAGCUCCUUGAACUCUUUCCUGCCAACAAGCAAAAUGUGGAGCACUUCUCCAUGUACUUUAAUGAAGCUGGACUAAAAGAGCUGUCGGACUUCCUGCGUGUGCAGCAGACUUUGGGCACCCGCAAGGAGCUGCAGAAAGAACUGCAAGAGCGUCUGUCUCAAGAUUGUCCCAUCGGAGAGAUUGUGGUGUAUGUGAAGGAGGAGAUGAAGAGGAAUGAUUUGCAGGAGCAGGCUGUGAUUGGCUUACUCUGGUCCUGCCUUAUGAACGCUGUGGAGUGGAACAAGAAAGAGGAGCUUGUUACUGAGCAGGCCCUCAAACACCUCAAGCACUACGCUCCUCUGCUGGCUGUGUUCAGUACUCAGGGUCAAUCUGAACUGGUUUUGCUGCUGAAGAUACAGGAGUACUGCUAUGACAACAUUCACUUCAUGAAAUCUUUCUCCAAGAUAGUUGUGCUGUUCUACAAAGCCGACGUCCUUAGUGAAGAAGCCAUUUUAAAAUGGUACAAGGAUGCCCACUCUGCCAAAGGAAAAAGCAUAUUUUUGGAGCAGAUGAAAAAAUUUGUAGAGUGGCUUCAGAAUGCAGAGGAAGAGUCUGAAUCCGAGAAAGAAGAUUAGCAUUUAGGAGGACUGAAGAUCACGACACACUGCCCUCUGAAGAAAUCCUGUUAGUGCACUGUAAUAGGAGGAGAAAGACACUCAAGCACAACCAGUGGACAAGCCAUAAAUAACUUUUUAUUAUACUGUUCAGGUACUCUGUGAAUCAGCUUCUCAGAUAUUGAAUAAACCCAUUUGUAUGUAUGAGUGAUUUUUUUUUAUUAAUAAAUAUAUAAUAAUGUUUAUAUGUACCAUCACAAGUUUAGAUGUCUUUAAAUACCUAAAAUACAAAACCCACCAUUUCGGUUUUUAUUGACGUGGGGGAGUAGGUUUUCCUUUUUCCUCCUGAAAAUAUACUGCAGUGAAAAUACAAAUGUAUUUAUUGUAUUUUAUAUUUACCAAUAAAUAAUCUUU